GUUCUCUGUGCUUUUGACUGUCUCUUCACAUGUCGCACCCAAACAAAAAAUAAAUAAUAAUAGAAAAAAAAAUAAACAAGGAAGAAAAUUCAUUCGCCCCCUUUUCUUCAUCUUCUGAAACGGAGGGAUUUCUAGGGUUCUGUGGUCGAGGUUAUGGAAUUGAGAAGUACGGCUCCGUACUGUUCUGUUCCUACAGCUGUUGUACUGUGGCUGUUGAGCUGCUCCGCUCUGGUUCAUGGCGGUGAUAUAGUUCACCAUGAUGAUGUGGCUCCAAGGAGAGCUGGUUGUGAUAACAAUUUUGUUCUGGUAAAAGUUGCAACCUGGAUCAAUGGUAAAGAAGAAAUGGAAUUUGUUGGAGUUGGUGCGAGAUUCGGCCCCACCUUGGAGUCGAAGGAGAAGCGAGCAAAUCAAACAAGACUUGCUCUUGCUGACCCACCUGAUUGUUGUAGCAAACCGAGGAAUAAGCUUACUGGUGAGGCCAUAUUAGUACAUCGUGGCAAUUGCAGUUUCACUACCAAAGCAAAUGUUGCAGAUGAUGCCGGUGCUUCAGCUAUCCUCAUUAUAAACAACCAAACAGAGCUCUUCAAGAUGGUUUGCGAAGGAAAUGAGACUGAUUUGGUUAUUGGCAUACCUGCUAUCAUGCUCCCACAAGAUGCUGGUCUAAGCUUGAUAGAAAAUAUAAUGAACAAGUCAAUGGUUUCUGUGCAGCUGUAUUCUCCAAGGCGCCCUGUGGUUGAUGUAGCUGAAGUAUUUCUGUGGCUUAUGGCUGUUGCUACCAUUUUAUGUGCAUCGUACUGGUCUGCAUGGACUGCCAGAGAAGCUGCAAUUCAGCAGGAUAAGCUGUUGAAAGAUGGCUCGGAUGAAUACUGUGGCAUGGAGGCUACACAGUCUAGUGGUGUGGUGGAUAUCAACACAAUGUCAGCAAUUCUCUUUGUUGUCAUUGCUUCCUGCUUCUUGAUCAUGCUCUACAAACUAAUGUCCCUCUGGUUCAUUGAGAUUCUGGUGGUUCUAUUCUGCAUUGGCGGUGUAGAGGGUCUGCAGACCUGUUUGGUUGCAUUGUUAUCCUGUUUCAGAUGGUUUGAACGUGCUGCAGAGACUUUUGUCAAAAUACCUUUACUUGGAGCUGUAUCAUACCUGACUCUUGCUGUUUCUCCAUUCUGCAUAGUAUUUGCUGUUAUGUGGGCUGUUUACAGACGUGUCUCCUUUGCUUGGAUAGGUCAAGAUAUACUUGGUAUUGCGUUGAUUAUCACAGUUCUCCAAAUUGUGCGAGUUCCCAAUCUCAAGGUCGGAACUGUUCUUCUCGGCUGUGCUUUCUUAUAUGACCUGUUCUGGGUGUUUGUUUCAAAAUGGUGGUUUCACGAGAGUGUAAUGAUAGUGGUUGCUCGUGGUGAUAAAAGUGGAGAAGAUGGAAUACCCAUGCUGCUGAAAAUCCCACGGAUGUUUGAUCCUUGGGGUGGUUAUAGUGUCAUCGGUUUUGGUGACAUUAUUCUACCGGGUUUACUUGUAGCAUUUUCACUAAGGUAUGAUUGGUUAUCUAAAAAGAGUCUUCGUACGGGUUACUUUCUAUGGGCAAUGAUGGCUUAUGGUUUAGGUUUGCUUAUAACAUAUUUGGCUCUCAACUUGAUGGAUGGACAUGGCCAACCCGCAUUGCUUUACAUAGUUCCUUUCACUUUAGGAACGUUUUUGACACUAGGAAAGAAAAGAGGCGACCUCAAGCAUUUAUGGACGAAAGGCGACCCUGACCGACCUUGCCCCCAUGUCCAGCUCCAACCUGCAGAUUAAGUAAAUACUGCAAAAAGAACCCCAAUCUAAUCUAAUGUAGGACUCUGCUUUCAAGUUAGUGUGUAUAGUUUAGAAGAUUGAGUGUUGUAACGAUACAUAUGAUCUCUGUAGCUAUUCUCCUGUUUGAACUCGAGUGUGUAUUAGUAGUGGCCAUGUGCUUAACAAAACGCAGAAUUAUGAGUUGUAAUGACACGAAUUCCUAUUUUACUCCUCGGCCUUUACAACAUGUUUGGUUCACGAAA